UUUCAAUUUUUUUUUUCGACAAUAAUUUUGAUUAUGAAUUCAAAGAUGGAGAGCAGCACAGGGCGAUACUCCUGUUACAAACUUCGUGCGACAGCCAGUUCUGGAAAAAGUGUUGGUGCGGCUCCCUGAUGAUUUCUCGGUACUAAUCAAUGAAGCUGUUAAGUUCAGCUCAGUUGCCGGAGAGAUGUUCAUAUUGCGAUUGCAGAUGUCCGUCGAUUCAAAUAGAAGAUCAUUCUUCUUCGGUGCCAACACUGUGCCUUGUUUGUGGCUCGUUACUGUGCUCUCAGAGCUACUGUUGCCAACGUACGGUGAGUAGC